AUGGACGCAAUUCAAUCAUUCUUCCGGCAUAACGAUCUACAUUGUCUCCACUUUCGUCAAAGCUUGUCCACGCAACUCGCCAAAUCAAACACCACUGCCAGCGCAUCACUGGACCUCGCCAUCGCCUUUCUUAGCGGGACCCAUCCUGUCGGUUCACGGUGUCUCAAUUUCCAAUCAUUCGGAUGGCCUGGACCUGCUAUUAUUGACCUUCCCAAAGGAGCAAUUCCUGUAUCCAGUAAGCCUCACGUCGAGCGCUCGCUUUUCCAUUGGUUCUCUAAAACCUACCUAAGCCCUUUCUGCUGUGCAGUGUCCACUCUAUACGAGACCACAGUCAAAUAUAGAUUUGGCCCCCUUCAAGUUUUCCUAAUCGAGUUCUCCUUUUAA